AUGUCCAAGUUCCUGGGCAAGUUCAACGGCGCCUCGACGUCGGCCACCGCCAACAAAAAUGGCGGCGACCUUCCAGCCGCCGCGACCUACGAUAGCGAAGUCGGUCGCAUCGAGGACGCCCGCGAGGCCAAGCGCACCAUCGGUGUCACCACGGCCAUUUUCCUCAUCGUCAACCGCGUCGUCGGCACCGGCAUCUUCGCCACCCCCGGCACCAUCUUUGCCCUCUCCGGCAGCGUCGGCCUCGCCCUCUUCAUCUGGGUCGCCGGCAUGAUUAUCGCUCUCGCCGGAACCGCCGUCUACCUCGAGUGGGGUACCGCCAUCCCCAAGAACGGUGGCGAGAAGAACUACCUCGAAUACGUCUUCCGCAAGCCCAAGUUCCUCACCACCGGCCUCUACACCGGCUACGUCGUCCUCCUCGGCUGGGCCAGCGGCAACUCGGUCGUCUUUGGCGAGUACAUCCUGCACGCCGCCAACGUCGAGGUCGACCGCUGGAACCAGCGCGCCAUCGGCCUCGCCUGCAUCACCAGCGCCUUCUUGAUCCACGGCCUCGCCCUCAAGUGGGGUCUGCGCCUGCAGAACCUGCUCGGCUCCAUCAAGCUCAUCAUCAUCCUCAUCAUCAUCCUCUGCGGCUUCGUCGCCCUCGGCGGCCACGUCAAGCUGCCCGAGGACCAGAAGCCCAGGAACUUUGAAAACGCCUUCGCCGGCACCACCGGCAGCGCCUACGGCGUCGUCACCGCCCUCUACAACGUCAUCUGGAGCUACAUCGGCUACAGCAACGCCAACUACGCCCUCUCCGAGACCAGGAACCCCGUCCGCACCCUCAAGAUCGCCGCCCCCGUCGGCAUCAUCACCAUCUCCAUCCUGUACAUGCUCGUCAACGUCGCCUACUUCGCCGCCGUCCCCAGGGAGGAGAUCCUCGAGGGUGGCCGCCUCGUCGCAGCUUCGCUCUUCCGCAACGUCAUGGGCAGCAAGGCCGAGCGCGCCCUCUCCGUCUUCGUCGCCCUGUCCGCCUUCGGCAACGUCCUCAGUGUCAUCUUCUCCCAGGGCCGUCUCGUCCAGGAGCUCGGUCGUGAGGGCAUUCUUCCCUGGUCCCGCUUCUUCGCCAGCAACAGACCAUUCAACGCCCCUCUGGCCGGUCUCUUUGAGCACUGGCUGAUCUGUGUCAUCACCAUGCUUGCCCCCCCUCCUGGCGACGCCUACAACUUCAUCCUCAACCUCAUCAGCUACCCCCUCGCCAUCAUCAACGUCUUCGUCUCGGGCGGCCUCGCCUACCUCUACCUCAACCGCAAGGAGUGGAACUGGAACCCCCCCAUCAGCGCCACCUUGCCCGUCACCAUCUUCUUCAUGCUCAGCAACGUCUACCUCGUCAUCGCCCCCUUCGUGCCCCCUGAGGAGGGCCAGAACGUCUACGAGAGCCUCCCCUACUACCUCCACUGCGUCGUCGGCAUCGCCAUCAUCGUCGCCGGCGGUCUCUACUGGGUCGUCUGGGCCAAGAUUCUGCCCAAGCUCGGCAAGUACGAGCUGGUCCGCGAGACCGUCGUCGACGACAUCGACGGCUGGGAGCGCAACGUCUUCUUCCGCCGCCCGUACGGCGAGUCUGUCGGCUCGGAGCACAACGAAAUCUCUCAGGAGGUGUCCAAGUAG